CGUACUGUAGUCUGUGUAAACGACACGUGACUUGCAAUGAGCGGUUUCUCCAGCCCACCUCAUUCUCCCGACUUCGUCCGUUUUGUUCUGUCAGUUCUGGUUAACGCCUCCAGCAAACGCUCGUGUAAUAGACCUAAUUGGAACUCCGGAACUUGCUUCAUUCGGUGCGAACAACCGCCCCGGAACAUGCACUGACGUGGCUUGCAUAUUUACACAGACGAACCAAGAACCAGGAAACCCCACUCGUUCAGUCAGUUCUAAGUCCGUUGCGUCCGUUGUCCAAAAAUCGAGUUAUUGAGUUUGCUUGGUAGGAGGGACCUAACGUGCUAUAUCCUGUGACGUCAUUUGCCGAGGUUAUCACCUUACCGUUCUUCUACGUUCUGCGAGAUUUCUGCUCAAUUGCAGGAAAUACGUGCCGUUAUUGGGUGGCACACGACUGUCGGAGAUUGUUUGAGUCGUUGAGAGCUGCUUUUCUUGCUCGUCGGACGUCCAUCGAAUUUCCACACCUCGGCGUUCGCUUGCCUCGCAAAUCGAGCCAUGGCGGAUGAUUCGGGGUUUGUUGGAGAGAUACCAGGCACCGGGCGUGCUUCAGGCGCCGAGAUGGACAUGAAAAGGAAAGAGCAGAUAGCGUAUGAGUAUCUCUGCCGGCUAGAAGAGGCGAAACAGUGGAUGGAAGCAUGUUUGAAAGACGAACUUCCCGCGACGACCGAAAUGGAGGAGGCUCUUCGCACCGGCGUCAUUCUGGCGCGUCUGGCGAAUUUCUUCGCGCCCGAGCGCGUUCCGCUGAAGAGAGUCUACGACCUGGACGGCGCACGAUUCGAGAAGAAGGGCCUGCACUUCAAGCACACGGACAAUAUCAACUACUGGGUGACGGCUAUGACAUCCGUCGGUAUGCCGCAGAUAUUCUUUCCGACGACGACGGACAUUUACGAUAGGAAGAACAUGCCAAAGUGUGUCUACUGCAUCCAUGCGUUGAGCAUCUAUUUGUAUAAGCUGGGUAAGGCUCCUCAAAUUCAGGAUCUCCACGGCAUUGCCGAGUUUACAGAAGAAGAAAUAAGCGCCAUGCAACGCGAGCUCGAAAAGUAUGGCAUUCAAAUGCCUGCGUUUGGCAAAAUAGGUGGGCUAUUAGCCAACGAACUCAGUGUUGAUGAGGCAGCAGUUCACGCUGCUAUUCUGGCCAUCAAUGAGGCUAUAGUCAAGGGUGUAGCUUCUGAGACUCUGCUUGCUCUGAACAAUCCUGCUGCUGGGUUGCUGGGUAUUGAAGCUUCAAACAGUGAACGAUAUCAAGAGCUUUUAACAGCAGCUAAAGCGGCUAAAGAAGAGAAAGCCGAAACGUUGAAGGCAGCAUCACAGGUGGAGGGUGAGAAUGGAGAUGUCUAUGACCAUAUACUGACGAAAGCAGAAAUCCAGGAAGCGUUGUCAGGUGUCAAUGAGACGGUGAAGCAGGAGGUUGCAAAACGAAGAUUUGAGGUUGCUAUCGAUGCUAUCAAUGAAGCAAUAGAUUGCCAAGACUUGGAUGCUUUGAUGGACGCCUUUUUGAAUCCUAAUGCAUCAUUGGCUCAAGUGGAAGAACUUAACGCCAACUAUUAUAUGGAUGGAUUAGUGGCACGGAAAGCUGAGAAAUCGGCGACUGCUGAACAGCAAGUUGCUCUUACUCAUGAAGAAAUACAGUCGGCUCUUCUUGUUUUCAACGUUCUAGCUCAAGAGGAUCGAGAGCUGGCGGCUGCUGUUGCAUUUGUCAAUGUAACUAUUGAUAAGAAUGACUCGGUUGCUCUUCUGACUGCACUCAAGUUGCCGGGAGCACGACUGACUGAUGUUCAAGACAAACAGGCAGUACAUUACUUGGCUGUUCUUGCAGCAGCAAAAACGAACAAGAGAGAGAUAUUUGAUGACAAAGAUGCUGCUCUUGAUCAACAUGAAAUUCAAGACGGCGUGAACAGAGCAAACAGUCACGCAGACGUCACAUUUCAAUUUGCUACUUCUGUUGCUACAGUUAACGCGGCUAUAGAUGCUGGUGACGCUGCAGCCACACUUGCUGCACUUGGCUCCAAAUCACUGAAAGUGAAAAACAUCACCGAGGAAUGUGCCGACUUGUAUCAAGAACGACUGAAAGCUGCAAAGGAUGAGAAGGUAGACAGCGUUGUUUCGGCGUCCAGUUGGAGCGAAUAUCAAACAUCCGAAGGCCAUUCGUUCUACCACAAUCCGACAACCGGAGAAUCAUCGUGGAGUAGGCCCGAAGGAUACGAUGGAACGACAACCGAUUUAUCACACAGUGAAAUUCAGUCUAUUGUGUCUAUGGCUACCGCCGAUUUCGAUCGUGAGACAUUGUUGAAGUCGAAAGAGCCUCUAAUUGUUCAGUUGCAGGCACGCGUACGAGGUGUUCUUCUGCGGCGACGAUUUAAGGAUCGGCUUCGUUACAUGAGAGGUCAAGAGGCGAGUGUUGUCAAGCUCCAGGCACACUGGAAGGGACAGAAACAACGAAAAAAGUUCAAGGCCAGGAAAGAGUACAUGCAUGAUAACCUUGCUGCUAUUAUCAAGAUUCAAUCAUAUGUAAGAGGGUGGUUGGCCAGACGUCAAUAUCAACGACGUCUCAAAUACAUGAAUGACAAUGUUGCAGCUGUUGUGAAGAUCCAGUCUUGGUUUCGAGGCUAUCGAGGAAGGCAGCUAUACAAGAAACUGAUGGGUGCAGACAAGCCACCGGUAGAAACAGUUCGGCGCUUUUUGCAUCUUCUCGAACAAAGUGAUAUUGAUUUCUCAGAGGAACUCGAGUUGCAAAAACUAAAGGCUCAAGUGGUGACUGAGAUACGUGGCAAUCAACAGCUGGAGUCUGACUUGAAUGUCAUGGACAUCAAAAUAGGACUCUUGGUGAGAAAUCGACUCGAGCUGCAAGAUGUAGUGAACCAUGGAAGACGGUUAAAGAGGAGGAGACGAGACGAUGUGUCUCAGAUUACCCACCCGAAGGGAUUAAAAACCCUGGAUAAGGAAAGUAGGCAAAGAUUGGAGGCGUAUCAGCAUCUGUUCUAUCUUCUGCAAACAAACCCGAAUUACUUUGCUAAACUGAUAUUUGAGAUGCCACAGAGCAAGACGACAAAGUUUAUGGAGAAUGUUAUUCUGACAGUGUUUAACUAUGCCAGUAAUCAACGAGAAGAAUAUCUGAUGCUGAAGUUGUUUGAGACGGCUCUGAAGGAAGAGGUGGCAAGCAAAGUAGACGAGUUGAAAGAAAUCAUUACGGGCAAUCCGACUGUGAUAAAGAUGGUCGUACACUUCAACAGAGGAGCACGCGGUCAAAGCCAACUGCGAGAUUUACUAGAACCGCUUGUCAGUGACAUCAUUGGAGAUCGUUCACUUGUCAUCCACACAAGUCCAGUUGAUGUUUACAAAGCAUGGAUUAAUCAGAUGGAACAAGAGACCGGUCAGCCAUCAAAACUUCCAUACGAAGUAUCGAACGACCAAGCUCUGUCCCACAUUGAGGUCAAAGAAAGGAUGGCAGACACAAUACAGGCAUUAAAGAGAGUGGUUACUAAGUUUCUAAAUUCUAUUCUGCAAUCUGUCAGCAAAAUACCGUAUGGCAUGAGAUACGUUGCAAUGCAACUUCGACUGGCUUUAGCUGAGAAAUUUCCUGAUGCCUCAGAAGAUGAAAUUCUCAAGGUUGUAGGAAACCUUAUCUACUAUCGGUAUAUGAAUCCAGCCAUUGUAGCUCCUGAUGCUUUUGAUAUUGUGUCAUUGUCUGCUGAUAAGGGACUUACUCCUGAUCAGCGGCGAAACCUUGGCUCUAUUGCAAAAGUUCUACAGUAUGCGGCUGCUAACAAAUUGUUUGAAGGCGAGAAUGCAGCACUAGUAGCUAUCAAUCCAUACAUCCAGGAAGCAUUCGUCAAAUUUAAGUCAUUCUUCUUGCGAGCAUCGACAGUGGAAGAUGCUGAAAUCCAUUUCAGUAUUGAUGAGUAUACGGAUGUGGUGACACUCACAAAGCCAACCAUCUACAUCUCGGUUAAAGAAAUGAUUUCAACUCAUUCGCUGUUACUAGAACACGAGACAGCGGUUGCUGCUGAACAAGAUGAUCCCAUUCAUGACGUCCUUCGAGAUCUGGGACCCGUUCCGGAUGCUCAAACAUUACUUGGAGUGGACCCUGUGUAUGCAGAACCUCCUGCAGGAGGUCGGCCUUUGACAGAGGAGCAGAUUAGAGUCAAUCAAGCGAAAUUGGAAGAACAAGGGAAGACGGAAAUGUCGCUAACGCUGACGAGCAAGUUUGAACGGUUUGAAGACGACGACACUGACAUGAAGGCUCUGUUUGUGCGUACCAAGAGACUCGUUGUCGAUGUAUUACGGACUCAGACGGGAGACAAUCUCAACACAAUACUUUACACACCAGCUACCGAAGAGCAGGAGGAUGAACACCAGCAGCGAAUCAAAAAACGAUCUUUGCGACAGGAUGAGGCUAAACAUAGAGAUUCAGAUUUGAAGAGAUCGCAUUCAGUACAUGGAGAUGCCCAAUUACCAUUAGAAGGAAUGAAGAGAAAGAUUCAAAGGAAUUUACGGCUAUUAGAAGGCGACGGCCUUGUAUCAAGUGAAAAUAACUAUCAAGAGAUCGUCAAUGCAAUUGCAAGGGAUAUUCGUAAUCAGCAUCGUUACAGACAGCAACGUAAGCGGGAACUGGCACGACUUUAUCAAACAAUUGGUCAUUUGAAUGGGAAAGCGAAGUUCUUUGAGGAUCAAAUCAACUACUAUCAGCAGUAUAUCAAGAUGUGUCUUGCCAACCUUGCGAAAGCGAAAGGGAAAGCAAGUGGGCGAUUAUUUUCAAAACAGCAUUCCGAUGCUCAGCAAGCUGUUAGGAAGUCGAUUCGUUACAGCGGACAGAAGCUUUACGACAAGGGAGUGAUACAAGACAUAGAAGGACUGCCACCACACCAGUUGAAGAACGUGUCAUUUGAAAUCACUGCAACUGAUGUCGGGGUGUUUGACGUUUCAGCCAAAUUCUUGGGAGUCUCAAUGGAGAAAGUAGAACUCGUAUUUCAGGAUCUACUUCAGUUGCAAUACGAGGGAGUCACCGUCAUGAAGAUGUUUGGCAAGGCUAAGAUAAACGUGAACCUGCUGAUCUUUCUUAUCAACAAGAAAUUCUAUGGGAAGUAAAAGGGACGUAGUAAGCCAUUGUGAAGUGCUGCCGCUGCAUUGACUUGUGUGCAUGAUUUUUGCGUUAUUUUCUAUCAGAAGUUAGUCGCUCAGUAGUGCAGUAAUGCCAGUGUAUCAAACAGUGAGUUUUUUGGUUUCUACACCAACUUUGGUUUAGGGUUGCCUGAUGCAUUUAGCAAAGCUUUGAUGUGUGAACGUUGAAAGCGUUUGUUGUA